GAGUGAGAGAUAGAAAGAGAGGGGCCGGGAGGGAGAGAUUCGAUAGAAAAAGAAAGAGAAAGAUAGGAUGAGUGUAAAGUGGUCAUGCUUCACUAAACUCAUACUUAGUAAACUGUGUGAUAUCAAGAAUCUCGGAUUCAACGUGUUAAAUUAAAUAAGGCUGACAUCACCUCGCAUCGCGCAUGGGCAAGUGCCGGAUGCGGACAACAAACAAAAUAAAAAAGAGUGAGGUAAUUUCAGAGAGAAACGGGCAAAGAGUUAAAAGAGUGCUCGUCUGAUUUCUUUAAAAAGUCAUUACGUGAUAAGCGAGUUUAGAUUUAGAGAUAGAUUUAACAAAUAUUCCACUGCCCGUCUGCUAAAGAUCGCCGGACCAUUAGAUGCAUGUGGAUGCAACAGUGCGUAAAACAGAGACCCGUAGCCACCGCCACCGCCGCUAUAAAGUUUGGCAAUCCGGCGCCUUUUCCCGCCAUUCAAACUUCAUCUGCGAGACCGACAGCAUUGGCAUGAACCUGGCAGCCGAGGCAACAAAUUUAGAAUGGGCCUCUUCAUUAUAGUCUGCAAUUAAUCGCUUGCCUUCACUUCAGUGAGCGACAGACCUAAAGUAUGCAGCUCGCAUUUACACACGGCAAAUAUUUACAAACUCCAAGCACCACGUGAAACUAGUAAACCACGCAUCCGUUUGUUUAGUCACAUGAUUCAUUCCCGUACUCCAUUCUAGCAUCGAGAGACAGAAAGAGACAAUUUUAUCUUGUUUUGAGCGGUGAUAUAGCUCUUUUGAUUUUCUUUUUUAUCGGAGCGGUCGGCGGUUUUCACAAUGACUUUAUCGCGGUACCGUCGGGUCGGAUUUCCUCUCCUCUUCGUUCUACUCACGAUAUUCCCCGUGCUUGGAAGAUAUGUUUCGCCUAAAGAUAGGAUCCUAACGCAAAAGGAUUUAGAUGUAAGGAUAGCUCCCCUCGUCGCCACCGUGAACGAUGACGCCCUUAAAAACACAGUACUACAACCAAGACAACCGUCGAAGAUCGCCAACCUCCUUAGCGACCUCAUCGACGAGGUCGGUUCCAGUGAAUCGACGUCGAUAUCUUCCGCCUUAUCGUCACUAUCGAGUGAACAUUUGUUUUGGGGAAAGAGCUUCAGCGACGCCCGCCUUUUCGAUGACGUGGUCAGCGCCGAUGAUGAGGGGCUGUUCGCUGAUCGGGCCAGGGCAGCCGGUACUCGUACUCGAUAUCGCACCGGAGAGCCUGGUCUUCGACGUGCAUCGGACGUUUACGGAGUCGACAUGGCACCCGCCACGCAAAAGUACAUCUCAUUUACAAAUGCAUCCUACGGUAACUGUGGAAUGCGACCGCCCCGCGUACCCGGGGUUCAGAGGAUAGCGGCAGGGAGCAAUGCGGUCGAGAGAUGGCCCUGGCAGGUUAUGCUCAUCAACGCUACUACCGGGGUACCAUUUUGCGGGGGCACUCUCAUUACCAAUGAGCAUGUUCUGACGGCAGCUCAUUGCUUCCAUGGGAAGGACAUUAGCGACAUCAUCAUCCGCGUCGGCGAGCACGAGCUUAACUACGUCGACGGCUUCGAACAGGACUUCGGUAUCGGUUGUCUCCACGUCCAUCGGAGGUUCGACAUCUCGACCUACCAGCACGACAUCGCGCUCGUCAAGCUGGCGACGAACAUCACGCACUCCGUCGAGCUGAGCGACUACGUGAAGCCGGCUUGCUUGCCCGAGGCGAUGGAGUUCGAAGCGGGCGAUUCCUGCCACAUCACAGGAUGGGGAUACAGAGGGUUCAUAGACUGGUACCUCGGCACCCGCCCCGACACCCUCCAGGAGGCCCGCGUGCCUAUCCACACCAACCGAGACUGCAAAAACGCUUACGGUACGCGCGUCAAAGCCAAGAUGGUUUGCGCGGGUGCACAGCCCCCCGAAGAAAGAGCAGACACCUGCAAGGGGGACAGCGGGGGACCGAUGGUGUGUCAGUCCGGAGAGACGGGCCCGUAUAAGCUUUGGGGGAUCACGUCAUGGGGUGAAAAUAUAUUCUGUGAUCCGAACCCUUCGACAUGGAGGCCUGGAGUUUAUACGCGAGUAGAGAGGUACCUCAGGUGGAUCCAGCGGAAGCUCAGGUCUAGGAAAUGCUGGUGACGUCCAGAAGAUGAUGAUGAACCCGGGAGAUUACUUCGAAGGUGGAAAUCCUAGAUGGAUUUUACCAUUUGAAGCGGAUUUUCUCAAAGGGAAUCUUUCGAGCUGAUCGUCCCUAAAGGUCGAUUGGAGUGAAUUAAGAUAUAAAGAGGGAUUCCAGAAGAGUGCAUAGUAUUCCCGAAGAGAUAUUUGUUUGAGUUCCUGAAGGGGGUCCUUUCUAGCUGAAGGGCUGAUGGAGAGUUACCUGAUUCAAAGGGAGAGUCGAGAAGAAUGAUUCUUUAAGUGGUAUUCCCGAAGAGAGCUGUUGGACGUUGGUUUUCCUCCAAGAAAUCCUUCAUACAUGAUGUAACUGAUAUUCUCGAAGGACCGACCGACAGAGGUUAAUAUGAUUCGAGGGGAGUUUUUCAGACGAUUAUCAUGUAGUUAUUCCGGAGAGAUAUUUGCUGGAAGUCAGUACUCCAGAAGGGGGGCCAUUUUGGCCAAUAUGCCUUUAAGAGCUAACAUUCUUUGGAACUCGUAAACCCGAAGGGUGAUCUUUUUAAAGCUGGUAUUCCUGGAGAAAGAUUCAUGCCAAAUGUUCAUUCCCAAGGAUGAUCUAUCCUAGCUAAUAUUUCAGAAGGAAGAUCUGAGAUCCUGAAGAGUGAAACUGGUAUUCCCGAUGGGACACCCUUGUGAAAGAGACGCAAUCCUCCAGUAACGAGAGUGAAUACCAAACUCAGAACACCUUAGACAGACCAUGAUGAUAUUGGCAGGAAAAGCAGGUCUACAUCACAGUUAAUUGUGGUGACCGGUCCUCAUAAUGGUUAAAAAAACACCUUGUAUUCAGACUGAAACCGUGACAACUGUGUUUUCAAAACUAUCAUCUUGUGCCUGGUUUCAUCAGAAGAAAACACAGUAGAUGAGAGAUGAAGAAUAAAUAUUUAAAUUAUUAAUUUAUUUUUUGGUUGUCACAGAAACAAUGAAAUGUCAAUAAUUUGUAAAUUGUGUAUUUUAUGUCAAGACGGAGGACAAAGCGCUGGAGGAAAAUUCUGGUUGAAACCAGCCCAUAAAUUAAGCAUUUGCUGGAGCAGAAUGUCCUGUUCCUUUGCAACAUCGCACAUAGGGCGUGUAUAUAUUAUAUAUAUGUAAGUCAUACCAUUCCUUGAGUAGAGUAUUUAACUAUUUAUUGAUUCACAAACUCUUAAAAAUGGGUGAGAUGAAAAGCUUUGAAAUGUGUUUUCAUGGUAAAUUAUUUAACAAGUACCGUCGGAGAAAGAAGUCGCCAUUAAAUGGACGACAUUUAUGUAAAUUAUUACCUAUGUGUAAAUUAUACAAACGUACAUUCAUUUCCUCAUUGUACAGUGUGUGAGAAUUGCUAUUUAUGUAAUAAUAUAUUUAUAUAAUAAUAUUAAUAUGUAUUUAUAUUUUGUACUGCACAUAACUUAUAUAAUUUAUGGAACGCUGUAUGUAUGUAUUCUGUGUUGUUUUCGCCACGGGUCAAUGUACUCUUGUACAAUAUUUGUACGAUUUAUUUUGUUCAACAGGGUAUAUUUGUCGUUUUGUAUUUAAAGAUGAAAUAACCAUUUUCGUUUCAUCUCAAGCUAAUUUUAAAAAAGAAUCAGCGAUGAUCGAAAUCACCGUUUCCAUAAGUUCAGUCAUAUUUAAGCUAUCCGACUAUGUUGUAAUUAUAGUACAGCAUAGUAAAAAAGAAGAUACUAUUUAUACAAACGUUAGCAUGGGGUGGAGAAGCAAGAAUCAGAUUAGGAAAAGAAAGAAAUUAGAAGAUUGAUGCGAGAAAGGAAAGGAGGAUGCUGCACGAGCUGCAACUUUAAAAUUUGUCUCUAAACAAAUAUGAGCUUGAUUUCAUGGGUAUAUAACCCAUGAAAAAGGGUCAUGUACCUUGCAUGAAAACGAAUUGUAUGAAUUGGAACAUCGCUCAUUUCUCGCUCUCUCUCUCUCCAUAACAAUUCCUUGACAAGUUAUGGGGAUCAAUGCAAGGCAAAGUUGAUUGCUUUUUUGCUAGAUAAUUGAUUGAUUGAUUGAUUGAUUGAUUGAUUGGUUUGAUGAUAUGGCAUGAUGAUGGCUACUGUCGUUGAACAAUUACAAAAUAUAUCUGUAGACAGUAUCAAGUAUUUUAACUGAAGAGCUGCACAAUCUAACAAUGAUAUGAACCUUUCAAAAGGACAAAUAAUUGCAUUAAGGGAACUAGAGGCUCCUAAUUAAAAAUGUGCUGCAUUGGCCAAAUGCUGCUGAGAAAGAAAGAAGAGACAACUGGAUGUUCAUCACGUUCCUCUCUGUAUUCAAUAUUUGGUGUUCUCGGUUGAAGGUGUAUAUUCAAACAUGCACUGACCCAUUUGAAUUCUUCUUCUUCUGUUUAUAAUAAUAUACUGUACAUGUUAGGAUAAAAGAUUUUGUUUAGAGAUAAAAACGAAAAGUGUAUAUACUAUUGAAAUCACCCUUCAGCAUUGCUGCAUGUUAACUUUAACAUCAAAUCUUGCCAUUAUUAGAUUCACAUACCAAGAAAUUAGUUUUUUUGAUUUUUCAUGAUCCGCUUUAAAUUUCAAAAUAUACCUAUAGAGCAGUGUAACCAGGACACUGGAUUAAACACACUUUAUUCUGAUGUAGUUGGUGUUAUUGUAGUUACUGAAAAUUUUCUCUAGAAUCGGCCAAGAUUAGGAUCUAAAUAAGAACCGGAAAGUUAUCUCAACAGUUCAAGAAAGUGUAUCAAAUACAUGUACAGUCAAACCUCUUAGUGACCACCUCUCUGUAUUGACCACCUGUUAAUAGUGGUCAGUCACCUACAUUGUAUUCUACUAGAAUGUUGCACAACUUGUCUAGAAAGGCCAUCAAAGACAAUUUGUAGGCAAAGGCAAAGAGCAGAGUGUACCAAUGAUGGUACUGCUAGACCAACUCACAUCUUUCCAUUCCCUUUGGGCGGCCUUCAUAGACAGGGUUGACUGUAUUUAUUUUCAAUUUAUAUGUAUUUAUUUGUAGAAGAUAUAGAGUCUUGUCUCUAUAAUGGCCACCUGUUUAUAGUGGUCAUCAUGUACACUGUAUUCCACUAGAAUGUUGCAGAACCUGUCUAGAAAGGCCACCUGUCGAUGUCACCUCUCACUAUUAAAACAGGGUCCUUCAAAGUCAAUUUGUAGGCAAAAGCAGAGCGUACCAAUGAUGGUACUGCUAGCCCAUCUCACAUCUUUCCAUUUCCUUUGGCAGCCUUUAUAGACAGGGUCGACUGUACUUACGUUCAAUUUAUUCAUAAGAUGUAUUUAUAUGUAGAUUUUAGAAGAUAUAGAGUAGAUUUUUAGUUGUAUUGAUGUAGUCUUGUGUGACCUUUAUAGACAGGGUCGAGCUGUACUUGCUUUUAAUUUAUUUAUUAGAUGUAUUUAUUUGUAGAUUUUAGAAGAUAUAGUAGAUUUUAGCUGUAUUGAUGUUGAGUCUUGCUAGAUAUACAUGUAUGGGUACUUUAUAGACAGGGAUGACUGUAUUUCCUUUCAAUUUAUUUAUUAGAUGUAUUUAUUUGUAGAGUUUAGAAGAUAGUAGAUUUUAGCUGUAUUGAUGUAUAGUCUUGGUAGAUAGAUAUACAUGUGUACAUGUAGAUAUGUUCGCAGAAUAUACAUUAUGUAAAUUAUGUAAAACAGGUUUACUUUGGGUGGCCUUUAUAGGCAGGGUUGACUGUACUUGCUUUUAAUUUAUUUAUUAUAUUUAUUUAUUUGUAGAGUUUAGAAGAUUAUAGAGUAGAUUUUAGCUGUAUUGAUUAUAGAGCCUUGAUAGAUAUACAUGUAUGUGUACAUGUCUAUAUGUUAGCAGAAUGUAAGUUAUGUAAAUUAUUUUGAUGUGUACAUCUUUGAAAGUACUGUGAGAUGAAUGUGAUUAAUAAAUUAUCAAGCACCAACAAAA